GUCUUCGUUGUCUCUGCCCGAGCAGUAGGCAGCAGCAGCAGCCAGCAGCGCAUCGUCAUUGCUCAUCGCUGGCGUCGCCGGGCGCGUGCAGCGUUAGCAGACCGGUUGAGGACAUCAUGCUCGUCACCGCCGCCAUCGUCAUCGUCGGCGUCGCCGUCACGUCGGCGUACGACCUCCACCGACCACCCCGCCAACCGUCACUCGCCAAUGACAUACGCAAAUACGUCGCCGCUCACCGCGCUUAUUACAGCAACAUCCGCGGCGCCACUGACGACGACUACAUCGGCGACAUCAGUACCCGCGGCACCGGUGCCGCUGGCGGCGAUGCCUACUACAAACAGCUGAUCGCCGACUACACGGAACUCUACAACGAGCUGUCAAACCGCAAGGUGGCGCUCUCCGACUCCCAACUCGAGGCGGCCGUCGACGACUGGCGGCAGCAGCAGCAGCGUCGCUCGCUGUUCUCCGCGGCGACGCAGACGCUGACGCUAACGCCGACGCAGAUCCGAGCGGCGAUGAACGGUAAGCGAGGGCAGCUGGAGACGAUGAGCGUCAUGGGCCGACCCGGGGCUCUCGUCUCUGAGGUGCAGUACGAUACGAAACACAGCGUCAACGCGCAGCCACAGAAGGGAGGCUGGGAGAAGCCGCAGCAGCAGCAGCAGCAACAACAAGAGAGGGAGAAGGGGAACGAGGCGGAGAAGGCGAAGGAACGCGGGGAGAAGGAGUUCAUCGGUUCAAACUCGUUCGAUUACCUCGGAAGGCCCAAUAUUAACCCGAAGAAGGGAGUAUAUGUGACGUAUCGAUAAAUAUACGUGGGUAGAUUCUGUUCUCUGUAUGUGAUCUAUAGACGGAUGGUGGGUAAUUUCCAUUCUUUGUAUAUUACCUAUAGCUGCAUGGGGAUUGGACUCUGUUCUUUGUAUAUAACCUAUAGGUAUGUAGGGGUGAACUUUGUUUGACUUUAUGUAACCUAUUAAACUCUGUUCUCUGCUCGUAACAUGUAAAUGGAUCGGAUGUUUACUCUGUUUCUCUCUAUGAAACGUAUAAAUAUGUGCGGUAAACCUGGCUCUUUUUAUGGCACGUGUAUGAUAUACAAAGGUAAACUCUGGUUUCUGUAUGUAACCUAUGGUGAGAAGCGGCAAAGACUACUACGAAACUACUUAAGGCUCAUUCGAAUAUCGAAUCGUGCAUUUCGAAUUUCGAGCGCAGCCAGCGGUACAGAAUCCAUAUUCUAACUGGUCAGCAACGUUGUAGAUAGAUGGGGUGGGUGGGGGGGGGCAUCGCUACCUCUCUCUCUCUCUGACCCGCCUCCUCUCACAUUUCUCUUUUUGUCACGCACUCACACGCUAUAUACCGCUGUCACACGGGAUUGUAAUAUUUUGUACACACGAUUAUACAUAAGCCGUUGUAAUAAACAAAUUGAAUUCGA